AUGACAGAGCCGGGUUGGCUUAUCCUCUGCAGCAUCCCCAGCCCCACAGUGUGUCGGGUUCACAGGGGGCACUCAGUGAAUACCUGUUGUUCCAGCCUCUCACCACCUCGGCUCACCCCCGACAAAAUGGCUGCUCUUGGAUACACACUGCCCUUCUAUCCGGGUCCCAAGCCAACCUUCCCAAUGGACACAGCUUUGGCUGUUAUAAUCACCAUCUUUCUGACUGCACUGGUCACCUUUAUCAUCAUCCUGCCUGGCAUCCGUGGGAAGACGAGGCUGUUCUGGAUGCUGCGGGUGGUGACCAGCUUAUUCAUCGGGGCUGUGAUCCUGGCUGUGAAUUUCAGUUCUGAGUGGUCUGUGGGCCAAGUCAACACCAACACGACAUACAAAGCCUUCAGUCCCGAGUGGGUCAGCGUGGAUGUGGGACUGCAGAUUGGGCUCGGAGGAGUCAACAUCACACUCACAGGGACCCCAGUGCAGCAACUGAAUGAAACCAUCAACUACAAUGAGGAGUUCACGUGGCGCCUGGGUGAGAGCUAUGCGGAGGAGUAUACGAAGGCACUGGAGAAGGGGCUUCCAGACCCCGUGCUCUACCUGGCUGAGAAGUUCUCCCCUGGAAGCCCAUGUGGCCUGUACAACCAGUACCGCCUGGCAGGACACUAUGCUUCAGCCAUGCUGUGGGUGGCCUUCCUCUGCUGGCUGCUGGCCAACGUGAUGUUGUCUAUGCCGGUGCUGAUUUAUGGCGGCCACAUGCUGCUGGCCACUGGCCUCUUCCAGCUGUCGGCUCUGUUCUUCUUCUCCAUGGCCACAUCACUCAUAUCACCCUGUCCCCUGCGCGUGGGCACUGCUGUGCUGUCCCCUCACCAUGGGCCUGCUUUCUGGAUCACGUUGGCCACAGGACUGUUGUGUAUUCUGCUUGGGCUAGUCAUGGCAGUGGCCCACAGGAUGCAACCUCACAGACUGAAGGCUUUCUUCAGCCAGAGUGCAGAAGACCCAGUGCUGGAGUGGGGUUCCGAGGAAGGGGGACCCCUGAGUCCCCGCUACAGGUCCAUGGUUGAGAGUCCCGAGACUCAGGACAUCCCCAUGUCGGAGGCUUCCUCUGAGAUAUGUUUUAAGGAGGAACACAUCAAAGAGUCUGACUGUGCCCUGUAA